GACCCCGAGCGGGGCCGGCCGUGCCGCGAGUGCCGGGAGCUGUGCCCGGGGUUCCAGGAGCACCCCUGGAGGAAGCUGUGCCUGCACUGCCGGUGCCCGCGGGGGGAGCACGUGGGGGGCGGGGAGCCCCCGGCGCUGCGGGGGGUCCUGGCCCGGCUCCUCCCCCAGGCCCCGCCCCCCCCCGGCUCGGGGGGCUUCGCGUGGGCGCCCCCCGGGCUCAGCCCCGAACAGGUGUGUCAGUAUUUCUCGCUGCUCCCGCCCGCGCUCGUGCCGCGCCUGCGCAGUCCCGGGGAGCGGCACCGGCUGCGGGAGCUGCUGCGGCAGCUGCCCCCGCACGACCUCGAG